CUUUGAAAAUACCCGAUGUCAACGCGAAGGCGAUCCGCGUUUCGAUCGGAGAGCGAGGGGAAGAGGCGGCGGCGUAGGCGAUCUGCGGCGAUCGAGGAUGGUUCAGGGGACGCUCCAUGUGCUGCUCGUCAGCGCCAAGGGCCUCGAUGACGCCGAUUUCUUAGGUAAUAUGGAUCCUUAUGCCAUCCUUACUUGUCGUAGUCAGGAACAGAAAAGCAGUAUUGCCUCAGGUGCAGGAAAUGAACCUGAAUGGAACGAGACAUUUGUGUUUACUGUUUCAGACAGCACCACAGACCUUAUCAUUAAGCUCUUUGACAAGGAUACUUUUUCAAGUGAUGAUUUUGUAGGAGAAACAAAGAUUCUCUUGGAUACAGUUUUUGCUGAAGGAAAUCUCCCACCAACUGUUUACAAUGUGGUCAAAGAUCAGGAAUAUCGUGGAGAAAUCAAAGUCGGGCUCACUUUCACCCCAUCGGAAGAUCGAUCAUUGGACUUUGGGGAGGAAGAAUUCGGGGGAUGGAAACAGUCAUCACGUGAAUAGAAAGCCUAUGUUCUUUAGGACUGUGCUAGUGGCCUUUGUUGAACUCGUUGCAGCUCAUUUGGUAAUGUUGAAUUUGAUGCUCAAUUUAUUGUGGGUCGUGUUUUGAUGACUGUGAAGAGACCUUAGAAGGAUUCAUGAUGAUUAAGGACUGAAAUGGGUGAGCAAUUUCUUUGGUGGCCCUUAGGUUGAGUUUAUUGGGCGGAAUCCUUGGAACGAAACUGGGAGAGCAGUAAAAAGAAAAAAGUCAUAUAGUUUGGCUUCUCGCCUUUUCUCACUAAAGUAAACUUAGAUUGUGUUUACUUGGAUGGAAGUGAGACCAUGAUUUUUCUCUCCUCUUUCUGUACAUUGUUUUCUAUUCGUAUUUGGUUCAAGAGUGUGUUGCAAGCUUCUUGAUUU